CCCCCUGGCGGACUCGCGUCGCAGUGAAUUGCGUAACAAAAGCACACUCGCCUUCAGACGCUACGCUGAAAACUUCAGCUCCGUGCGCGCCGACGGUAUGGGGAAGCGUAAAUCGCCAUAAAACUUUCCCGCGGUGCGCGCUCAAUUAAAAUAGCGUUUUUUUAUUUAUUUAUCAACUGUCAAAACCUAUUUGAAAGCCAACAUUAUUUAAUGCUUGUAAUUAGUAACUUUCUGUAGUUUUGUUCGAAAGUUGACUGUGUCGAAAAGUGAGUCGAUGCGGAUUUCGCCGGUUACGUAUGAAAUAGUGCGAACGUUCUAAGUGUGUGUGUUCAUUUGUUUUGUUUUACUUUGCUUGGUAGCAAGUGGUGGCGGUGCCCGGUGGGACCGCGCUGGUGGUACGAAGGAAUCGAUACUGCGGUGGGAGCGGCAAGAUAACUUUAGCUCAUCAUGUGGCGGAGAACUAAUGCGGCUUGGGCAGAUUGAGCGUCUCUCCACAUGCCGACAACACUCUGCAGUCAGCAGAAAGAUGUCCUAAUAUGGGUUGGUCAUGCGUGGUGGCACGCGCCGUGGCUUUUCUCCUCAUGCUCAGCAGAGCAUCCGCGCUAACGUCCGACAUCUUUGCAGCGGGCAAGUCGGACAAAGAGAUUCUGGACAAUCUACUAAAAAACUCCCGCUAUGACAAAAGACUGCUUCCACCAGUAGAUGGUGUCCUCACCGUAAAUGUUAGCGUGCUACUUCUUAGUUUAGCAUCUCCAGAUGAAUCUAGUCUUAAAUACGAGGUGGAGUUUCUUCUGCAGCAGCAGUGGUAUGACCCUCGAUUGCGAUAUUCUAAUCAGUCGCAUUACGACUUCCUAAAUGCCAUCCAUCAUCACGAGGACAUCUGGUUGCCUGACACAUACUUCAUAAUGCAUGGGGAUUUUAAAGAUCCAAUAAUACCUAUGCAUUUUGCGUUGCGCAUAUACCGGAAUGGCACAAUCAACUACUUAAUGCGGCGUCAUCUCAUACUGUCCUGCCAGGGGCGGCUCAACAUCUUCCCUUUUGAUGACCCUUUGUGUUCAUUUGCAUUAGAGAGUAUAUCUUAUGAGCAAUCGGCUAUUACCUAUGUAUGGAAGAAUGACGAGGACACGCUGAGAAAGUCGCCAUCAUUGACGACCCUGAAUGCGUACCUCAUCCAGAAUCAAACCAUUCCUUGUCCCAUCAAAGCUAGCUGGAGAGGUAACUACAGCUGUCUAAAGGUGGACCUUAUUUUUACGAGAGACCGAGCAUUCUACUUUACCACAGUAUUUAUCCCUGGAAUUAUUCUGGUGACCUCUUCCUUCAUCACAUUUUGGCUGGAAUGGAACGCGGUUCCAGCCCGUUCCAUGAUAGGUAAUUACAGCUGCCUGAAAGUGGAUCUCAUCUUCACGCGAGAUAGAUCAUUUUACUUCACUACCGUUUUCAUUCCGGGGAUCAUUUUGGUGACUUCGUCUUUUAUUACUUUUUGGCUGGAAUGGAAUGCAGUGCCUGCUAGAGUUAUGAUAGGCGUAACGACAAUGUUGAAUUUCUUCACAACGUCGAACGGUUUCCGGUCAACCCUACCUGUGGUUUCCAACUUAACAGCUAUGAACGUUUGGGACGGGGUAUGCAUGUGUUUCAUCUACGCAUCGCUACUUGAGUUCGUGUGUGUGAACUAUGUCGGUCGAAAACGACCACUUCACAAUGUCGUGUACAGACCCGGCGAAAAUCCAGUGACGCAGCGACUGCCCGCAGUUCUCAGCAGAAUUGGCAUUAUACUGGCCAGCCCUUUGGAGGCGAUGGCAUUCCUCAAUUGGGCUAAAUCAGAAACGCCCCAACCGGAGUCUAGCGGUGCUGGUGAUAAAAAGCGAGAGUCGACAGGAGCGGCCGACUUGGUGACGUGCACGGCCUGCACGGGGGCUCCUGGGUCGUGCACCCAUACAACUAAUAAUGGCGGUGUAUCAGAGGUCCGUAAAAAGGAGCCGCCGCAUCCGAUCCGUGUGGCGAAGACGAUCGACGUCAUCGCCCGCAUCACUUUCCCCACUGCCUAUGCUGUGUUUCUUAUCUUCUUCUUCAUACACUACAAGGCCUUCUCUUAAUGCUGCCCACAACGCGCUACGAGGUGCUUAACGUGCGUUCGAAUAUUAGUGCGGCUUCGUAUUUUAUACAUCGUAUUUCACGGCUAUUUACUAGGAUUUAUAAAAUCACUCGCAAGAUCUGAUACAAUUAUUUUUGAUGACUUUCAAUUCAAUUUAAGUAAUUGUGAUUGUACUAACAUAAUUAAGUGAAACAGAAUAAGACACACGUAAGAGCCGUAAAUAAAUAGAUACGAAAAGACUCUAGUAAGUUUUUUGUUAAUAAUUUAAUCAAGAAAAGAAUCAAAUAAGAUCGUUAAUGAAUAUCUGUUUUCCGAGGAUUUGAAAUAGGUUCCAGGCUUUAUUCGACGGUGCGUUAUUCCAUCGAAUUCAAGGAACGAUUCCUUUUUCAUGAAUAAUCUUAUGAUAGGUUAAAGUGGGAACAAUUCACUUAUAGUCGAUGUUCGAGUUCUGAAUUGUGUGAUUUUUGUAUAGUAAUUGGAUCGAGAUCGUAACGUGCGUUUUUGUCGUUCGUUAAAUGAAAUCUAUUUCAAACCUAAAGACAGUCCAAUUGUAGGAAAUUUAUUUAGUAUAAGCCAAUUUAAUGUUGUAGAUUUUAUAAAUCAUUACAAUCACUUUAGACACCACAAUUAUUGUGAUAUCACCAAUAUUAAAAAUCGCUUUUAGAAGAGUGCAUGUCACGCUAGGUAUUAAAACAUGUUUUACCAGAGUUUGAGUUUGAAGAAAAGUUACGCAAAGAUUAGACUUAGAAAAUAAAGCUCAAAUAGAUAUUUUUUUAGAAUUAGACACCACUCAGACGAACUCGUUGUUUCCAUAUAUUGAAUAUAAUUGCGUGUAUUUGCGUUGUUUUAUGUAAAACCAUGAACAUGCCUUCUAUUACUUCUUCAACUCAAAUAUUGAUUUAUUUGCCGUUUAGUACUAGAUAAUUACUACACAAUGUAAAUACAGUAAAACCUUUAAAUACGUAAGAAUAUAAGUUGUAAUGUAAUAUAAGUGCGUAUUGUGAAUUUGUGUUCUGCAAAUGUCUUUCUUUAUUUAUUCCAGCAGUUUUUAUAAAACAUUUGUAUGAUUUGUAAAAUAAGCUCAAAAAGCUUUAUUUAAGAAACCCUAGAUGUAAGUGUGCCUUGACCCUAUAUUAUCUAAGUUUUUAAUAUUACUAUGCAUCACCGUUAGUCUCGAAACAUAUAAAGACAUAACUGUUUUGGUUCCAUCCGAUUUGAAUUAAAAUCGCUUUUAUAAUUUUAAAACCAAGAAUAUAAAAUAAUUUUAAUAUUUCAGUAUAUAUUAUUCUAACAACGAACAUAUUCAGAUCAUAAUAGACAUAAUAUCAAGUGUUUUAAUUCAUUCUGUUUCUAUGAAUUGCGAUGGAUUCGAAAACUCUAUCAGGUAGCUCCUAAGAAGUGAUAAAUAAGAGUGAGAAAUAUAUUCCUGAUAUUUUAAAAGAUCAAUAAAAAACUAAAUAUUCGUGGAAAUGUACUGCAUCAAUUCUAAAUAUUAUCAGGGGUUAUUUACAUUUCUUGCAAUAACAGUACCUGAUACAUGCAUAUAAUACAUAUUAUAUACAUAUUAGUGGUUCGAAAGUUCAAACAUUAUUAGCAAAAUAGCAUCUGCUAUAUUAAUUCAUAUUAAAUAUGGAAUUUUAAUUAUUAUAAUUUUAUUAUUACUGUUAUUACUUUAAAAAUAUAUAAUGAAUUAUUUAACUAAUUUAUAGUUUUACCCGAAAGAGAGAUAAACCUUAAAUAUAUUAUAUAUAUAAACCUUUAAUAUACCGUAAUAUAAAAUUAGCCUUUUUUUGUUGUAAUACGGCAUAGUUCAAAUACGAAGAUGUAACCAAAUAGUAAAAUAUAAAUAUUAUUCCAUCUUAAACAGUGGAUUAGCAUGGCAGAUAAGGGCCCUGUUCGGCGCGGUGCAAAAAUCAAGCUUUCACUUUUAACAUGGUUAUAAACUUAACAAAAGUAAAUAAAAAUUAAGAGACAACAAAUCACAUACAGAUAAAGUAUACUGCCCUUUGGGCCUCUCAGCAUUUGGGCCCUUCUUCUUUGCACCAUCUUGCUCUAUGGUAGCUACGCCGUUUUUGAAUUAGGUGUCAUUUAUUCAAAUAUACUUAUAUUAGUUUUCAUGUACCUACCUAUCUUCAUAACCUACAAUCGCUUUUCGUAAAAUAUGUGGAGUGUAGUCGUUCAUAUCGGUACACAGGCGUACAUUUAGUUUGCACUAGUCUUUAUAUUAUAAUUACCUUGCACGCGAUCGGAAUCAACUUUGAAGUACCUCACUUAGACUUAUUUAACAUUUUAGGUCAUCAAUUCAGAUGAUAUUCAUUAUCGAAUUAGAAUUAAAAUAACUCAUUACAAAUAAAUAAUUUACUUAAUAUUUAGUAAAUUAUUAAUAUUAAAAUCACUAAAUUCGCCCAAUGUUAAAAUUCAACAUGUGAUUCGUUAUAUGAUUUAACCUUAAAAAAAAUCGAAAAAUUAUGUGUUUUUUUUCGACAAAUUAUCCGAUCUUUUAAAAAAAAAUAACGAUAGUUUCCUUUUCAUAUAGUAAUUAUUUUUAAAAUAGCGUAUAAUAUUUCCUAUUUCACAAACUAUAUUAUCGUAUAAGAUAUCUCCUGAAGAUGUUGUUCAGAAAAAGGCAAAACAAAUUUGAUUAUUUCCUGAUAUUAAUACUAUAUUAAACACCAUGAUUUCUAUAAACUCCUUCUUUAUGAACGAACAAUAUAGUUUCAAAUAAAAUAUUGUUUAUUGAGCAGAGAAAGUUCUUACAACUUACAAUAUCUUAUUUUUCAAAACAGCUCCUAACUAAAGUUAUCAAUCACUCAAACAGGUUUCACCUGCGAGGCAGAGAUAAUUUUAGUUUAAUUAAUUGGCGGUUUUUGCUCAUGUUUAAAAAAAUGAAACGAUUGUUCGUCUUAAGGAAUGGUAAGUUACAGACACCUGGAAUAAUAUCCUAGAUAUAAAAAAAUAUGUAUGUGUAUUUUAUAUUUGUCCAUUUUAAAUAGUGUCUGGUGUAGAUCCUAAGCUUUUUAUUCCAUUGGAACACGAGCGUUCAAUUCAUAAGUAUAGAAACGACGAUUAUAUGCCUUUUGCUUAUUAAAAGAGCGGACCAAAGCGUCAACUUUUGGUAAUUAUAUACCUUAUCUAUAUUGUAUGUAUAGUUAAAUUGUAUUUAAUAAGAAACCCGUUUUGGCUGUGCUUGAAUAUUGUAAAUUAAAUUGUAUAAUAUUACGAAAUUAUUUUAAUUAUUAAUGUUUUCUUUCUGUUCGAUAUCAUAUUUUUAAAAUACGUGUUUUGCAACGGGUUAAAGAAAACUGUCUCUCCUCGAUUAUUUAUUAUACAAUACAUCUCAAAAUGCUCAAACAAUUUCUUCAUUGAAUUAAAGAGAUAUUGACCAAUCAAUUAUCAAUAGCCAGCGACUGAAAGUGCAAUAUGUUUAUUAUAUUAAAAUAACAUCAAAGAAUGCUGUUGCUUAAGCGUCGUUUGAAUAAUUCAGCUAAUUUUAUCAACUCGAAUUAUUAAAGGAGUUGUUAUAAAAUGAAUAAAAAUCCUUUGGCCUGUCUCCUGUCCUUGGCUUUAAAGUAAGGCGAUAUACUCUAAGACAUGCCGUCCCAUUAAUUGAUGUUUAUAAACUAUAAAAUAUUUAUAACUUUAUACUUGAACCUAUUGAAAAGUAUCGUUUAAACAUUUCCACAUAAAAAAUGUGAUGAAAUUUUGAUCAAUUCAAAUACGAAAAGAAAUACAUAUAAUAGAUAUUUAAAAAUAAUCAUUAAAUAAUUAAAAUUGAGAAUUUACUUCUAAAUAAAGAUCUCCUAUUUCAAAACGAAAAUCAUGAAAAAUAUUAAAUUUAAAC